CGCGGUACCGCGAGCGUCAGACUUGUGUCCGCUUGUGAACGCAUCCGAAACACCGGCUUCCGAAUUCGAAAAUUUUCCGUUUAAAAAGAAAAUGUGAGACGUUUAAAAAAUCAACAACAUCUAUGGUUCAUUCUAAUUUCAAAUACGUAAACAACUAAAAUGGAUACGACGUAAACAAACAUUUUAUUGAGACAAAAAUGUGUUAAAAUGUACUCAAAAGUGAAAAUAAAAUGACUGUUAAAGUGAUGUGUAUGUAAUAAUGGCUGCUAAAAUUCUUGUUAUCGCUUGGGCGGCCUGGCUCGCGUUGCCAUUGGCAACGAGCCAUCUAAAUGUUCUCAUCAGCCAAGCCGAAGUAAUGAAGUUGUUAGGUCUAGACGCUGAACUCUACUACGUGAGAGAAGGCGUAGUAAAUAAAUACGCGACCGGCUUCACAGUGCCCGUACCAGCACAUAUUGCAGACUUGGAGUUCAUGUGGCAGGCACUUGGCGGGAGACCGCUGCCGUACGUGAUGGGUGUAGACUACGAGUCUCGGGGCGCCAUGCUGCCGCCGCAAGUCAAUAUAUCUGAACGGGGGUUUGUGCCUACCACCCUGCAGACUUUUAGGGUCCGUUUGCCGUGCACCGGUACCAGGAGCGCAGAGAUCCUAGUGACUAUGCAGCUCAACAUAUCGGCACCCGACCGAGCGCAUAAAGACGUGCGGUUGAUAUUCAAAAGGAACAAGAUUUGUUUGAAAGGUCUAUCAACAGUAGUAACACACAAUGAGACAGCUCGGCUCGCUGGUGACGCAUCACAAACUUCUAGUGGCGUAUUAUUCGCUGCCGGUGGCUGUGCAGCGGCUGCGUUAGCGCUGCUGACUGCUGCAGCGGCUGCGGGCACUCUGUACAAGAGAGGCAGUAAAGCGAGGCACCAUGAUUCUAUACACACUUCAUACACAACAGCUGCGUACGGGAGCCAUCAGAAUGUUCUUCUAAGGCUCGAUACCCUUGGCAGGCCACCGAGUUCCACAGGAUCUUAUGCCACCAUCGCCAGCUUACAUAAAUUUCCUUUUGGCAGUCGUCGAUCACCGUCUCCAUAUGCGACUACACACAUAGGAGAACAUGUGUACGCUAAGCCAGAGUCAAGAGUAUCAUAUUAUGCUGCAUCUAAUCUCACACAUGUCUCACAACAAACAAUAACCAAGGACCGUAUCACGGAUCCUGCCGAACAACUCCGACUCCUCACGACUCCUCGCUCCAACAUUCGGUUAGAGAUCCUCGUCCACGAAGGCACCUUCGGCAGGGUCUACAAAGGAGUUUUCAAGAGAGGAGACACUUAUGAAGAAGUCGUUGUCAAGACUGUUACAGAUGCGGCAUCAGCAAUGCAAGCAGCGUUACUAGUGGCUGAAGGCUUACGUCUAUACAGUCUAGUUCAUACAAAUGUGCUAACACCAAUGGCCGCCUGUGCUGAGGAAGCGAGGAAGCCACUUCUAGUUUAUUGCUGUCCUUCACAUUCUUCUAAUCUUAAAAGGUUCCUAACAUCGUGUCGGCUAGGCCACCAGGCGGCCCCAGCUACAAGAGAGUUAGUGGACUUAGGAGCUCAAGUGGCCUGUGGCCUGGCGUACUUGCACGUUCAGCGAUUAGUACACGCUGACAUUGCCGCCAGGAAUUGUGUGGUGGACGAGAAAUUAAGGCUGAAGGUGACAGACAAUGGUCUAUCAAGGGAUCUGUUUCCUGAUGACUACCAUUGUUUGGGGGACAAUGAGAACCGCCCCGUCAAAUGGAUGGCUCCUGAGACACUGCUACAAAAUCAGUACACUACAGCUUCUGAUGUGUGGUCACUAGGAAUAACUUUAUGGGAGCUGGCAACUCUUGGCGCGUCGCCAUUGGCUGAGCUUGAUGCAGCUGACGUAGGAGCGUUCUUGAGUGGAGGAUACAGACCUUCACAGCCGCAUAACUGUCCUGAUGAACUGUACGGCUUAAUGUCUUGGUGUUGGACCUUAGCUCCUCUAGCCAGACCAACAGCUCCUCAGCUCCUAGCAGCUCUUCACGACUUCAGGCAAGCUCUUAGCACUUAUAUCUAGAAUUCUAGGCAAAUUACCAUUUCUACCAAAGUUUUCAAUCUAGUCUUAACUCAUACUUGUCAAUUCCUCUAAACUCUUGGCACUGUAUUUUCCGUUCUCUUCAAUACCAAUGUGCCUGCGAAACAAUCAAAAUUUUAAUAAAAUAAAAAAUACAAUCGCUUUUAUUUUUAAAAAUGAAAAUGUAAAUUCUGGCUUAAAAAUGACAUUGUACCUAA